AACCGCUGGAGGGUGACUUACACCAAGAGGAGAAUCUGUGUCUUGAAGGGCUCCACAGUGGACAUAUCCUCCUCUUACACUCAUCCCACUUGUUAUAUAGAACAAGGUUCAUUCUGGUUUACACAGAAACACCCUGUAGAUGUCAGGUCAUAUCCAGAGUCUGCAGGUCGUGUGCAGUACAAUAGGAACACAGAGAACCACCACACCAUGACAAUAACACACCUGACAGAGAAGGACUCGGCUGAAUACAAAUUCAGAAUAAUAACAACAGAUGAGGGGAGAUUUUCUGGUCUUCCUGGUGUGAUGUUGACUGUCACAGAUAUCCUGUUGGAGAUGGAUCCUACGUCUGUGUCAGAGGGGGAGAGAGUCACACUGAGAUGUAGAACCAAAUGUACAGUGUCUCAACCCCACCUACAUCUGGUACAUGAACGGACAAAGUCUGACCAACCCAGUCACCAGUUAUAACAGCCUGAUCCUAGACCCAGUCACCAGUUAUAACAGCCUGAUCCUAGACCCAGUCAGCAGUGAGGAUGCAGGGAACUACUCCUGUGCUGUAGAAGGCUUAGAGAGAAUCCUCUCUCCAGAAGAGACUCUCACUGUCAGAUACGGCCCAAAGAACACCUCAGUGUCAGUCAGUCCCUCUGGUGAAAUAGUGGAGGGCAGUUCAGUGACUCUGACCUGCAGCAGUGAUGCCAACCCACCUGUGGACAAAUCCACCUGGUACAAGAAGAACGUAACCUCACCAAAAGCAUCAGGACAGAGUUACAGCAUCACUAACAUCAUCUCUGAGGACAGAGGAGAAUAUUACUGUGAAGCUGAAAAUAAAUAUGGACGUCUCAACUCUUCUUCUGUGUUUGUGGACGUUCAGUAUACUACAGCAUUGUUUCUCUGGGUUCCUGUGAUGGGGGUGGGGGCUGUCCUGACUGUUGGAGCUCUUCUUGUCACCAUCUACUGCUAUAUGAAGAGGAGACACACAGGAGGAAGUGAUGGCACAGCAGACAGACAGAGUGUACAUCCUGACCCCAACAGUGACAUAUACACAUCUCUGAACAUGAAGACCAGGUCACCAGAGUAUGACACCCUGGCAAAUGUGAGAGACUUGGCAGUGACACACAGAGGCCCUCAGAUAGAUGCUGAGCCCUCCGAUUAUGAGAACUUAAGAGAACCACCACAGAACCUGGACUGAAGGGAACCACCACAGAACCUGGACUGAAGAGAACCGCCACAGAUCCUGGACUGAAGAGAACCACCACAGAACCUGGACUGAAGAGCAACAGCAUCAAACCAAAGCUAGGCCUCACAAAGUUAUUCUCUUACUAUGAUAUUGCUUUUUAAUCUAGACAAUGAGCUUUAACUUUUGAGUAAAUGCUGGAAUUUAGAUUGUUCUCCUAAUGGGGUGGCAGGGUAGCCUAGUGGUUAGAGCGUUGGACUAGUAACCGGAAGGUUGCAAGUUCAAACCCCCGAGCUGACAAGGUACAAAUCUGUCGUUAUGCCCCUGAACAGGCAGUUAACCCACUGUUCCUAGGCUGUCAUUGAAAAUAAGAAUUUGUUCUUAAUUGACUUGCCUAGUUAAAUAAAGGUGAGAUAAAAACAGUAUGUGCACUACCAUUCAAAAGUUUAGGAUCACUUAAAAUGUCCUUGUUUUUGAAAGAAAAGCAAAAAAAAUGUGUCCAUUAAAAUAGCAUCUAAUUGAUCAGAAAUGCAGUGUCGACAUUGUUAAUGUUGUAAAUUACUACCUGGAAAAUGCAGAUGUUUUAUGGAAUAUCUACAAAGGCGGACAGAGGCCAACCAUCAGCAACCUGUGUUCCAAUGGCAUGUUGUGUUAUCCAAGUUUAUCAUUUUAAAAGGUAAAUGAAUCAUUAGAAAACCAUAUUGUAAUUAUGUUAGCACAGCUGAAUACUGUUGUGCUCGCUGAUUAAAGAAGCAAUGAAACUGGCCUUUUUUACACUUGUUGAGUAUAUGGAGAAUCUGCAUUUGUGGGUUCAUUUACAGGUUCAAAAUGUUCAAAAUUAUCUGUUUACUAUCUGUAGAUUGUAUUGCUUAUCUUUUUUUAUGGGAUUUUGCCAAUUCCAGAUUUUUUAUAACAUAUAAAGUAUUGGCUUGUCUUAGUGACACAAAAAUGAAUUAUAUUGAUGAGAGAUUUUAAAUAUUUGUAUCUCUGGAGUUGUUCCUGAUGUGUUAAAAUAUGUUUUACUUUGUAUUGCUGUCAGUCAUUACUGGUCAUUUUAUAUUUUAUAUUAUGUAAUACCAUAUUGUUCAGUGUCAUGAUAUUGUUUGUUUCAUUAUCAAAUAAUUAAUAAUGACAUAUUUUAGAUACAUUGAAUACAGUAUAAGCAUCAUGUUGUAAAUAAGCUCAAAGGGAGACAAUAAAAAGACAACAAAUAAAUGGAUAA